AUGGCCAAAGGUUUCCACCGCAGAAUUCCUUUUUAUAACCAUACUGGUGAGAUCAACAUGAGUGACACCUCCUUUUAUUUAGCAGGGACACUCCUGGUGCUGCUAGUGUCAAACCUGCUCCUUUGGGGUCAUGUGGCCUCUUUGCACGAUGUAGAGUACACGCCAGGCAGAUGGUACCUUGAUGGGGCCCAAAGCAGCUGCCAUACUUCCACCUUUGCUGUUCUGCUACCUGGAGAGGAAACGGAACAGAUCCAAGGUAUAUUUCUUCUGCAAGAGAUAGUCACUAUGUUGCAAGCUUGGAAAGACCCUCUAAAUCAGCUCGUGACUGAGCUGCGGGGUAUGAAAGAAGCUCCUACUUCAAUCAUAGCAAGAGCCAACGUUGUCAGGACAAUAAUGGAUGGACUUCAAGAAGGUGUUAGAAGGAUACUCAACAGGAUUCAUCCUGGAUUCAAAGAAGUUGAGGAGUACCCUGUCUGGAAAGGAUUAGCAUCCUUGCAGUCACCUGAUGAAGACAUUCGUGUUUUGGCUUUUCAUAACCUAUUUCAGUGCUUGAGCAGUGAUUCACGGAAGAUUGACUUUAAUCUAAAGCUCCUGAAGUGCCGAUUUGUCUAUGACAGAAAUUGUUAA